AUGCCUCGUACCACUAGCGGCGGUAAAUUCCCGGCUGCGUGGGAGUCGGCUAUGUGGCCAUGGCCGUCCCCGAUACCCGCCGGGAGUCACCGCCUCGUCGCUCUCAUGCUCCUCGCGGCCGUUGCGGCGCUUUUCAUGGCGGGAUUUCUCGCGUCGCCCGCGCAGAUUGGCUCGCCGCCGCGGCUGGGGGACGGCGCGUGGUGGGCGGCGGCGCCCGCGGAACGCGAGUGGCGGAAGGCGGGACCCGGCGCCGGCGGUGAUGCGGCGUGGAUGGCGGCGGGAAUGGAGGGCGGCGGAGGGGAGGAAGGUGGAAGGGGGGAGUCGCACUGGUCGUGGACGCUCAAGUGCGUGGCGGCCGAGGCGAAGGCGCUAGGCCGCACGCUCGUGCUGGUGACGGAUAGAUGCCUGUCGCAGAUGCACUCCAAGAGCGGGCUCAUGGAGCACAAGCACGUGGGGCUGUACUACAACCUCACGCACAUGAUGAGCCGGCAGCCAGUGAUGCUACUGGAGCAGUUUGAGGCGCGCUUUGGCCCGUGGCACGCGGCGCCGCUGCUCUACUUUGACAUGAGGCCGCGCACGGGCGAGCUCGCCGCGCACAGGGACGCCUUCCUGGUGGUGCGCGUGCCACAGGAGCAGCAGUUCGGGUACAUGGUGUGCUACAAGAAGACCAACCAGGACGUGGUAACACCAGACCUGGACUUUCUCCGCCCGAUCGACCCACACAUGAAGAUCGCACUAACCAUGGCGAACGCCAUGGGCGGCGCGCAGCAGUUUGACUUUGUGCACGUGCGGCGCGGGGACAAGGUCAACCCCAAGCUGUGGCCCCACCUCGACCACGACACGCGGCCCAAGGCCCUCCUGCAGAAGCUCCCUCAGCGAAUCCCUCCGGGCAGCACACUCUACAUCGCGACCAACGAGCGGGACCCGUACUUCUUCGACCCGCUCCUGGCAGUCUACAAGCUCUACAAAGAAGAAUACUUUGCAGAGAUGUGGGCCGAGGGCUCUGUGUGGGAGCGGGAGAUGCGUGUGGUGGCGGCAGGGGUGGGCGUGAAGGGGCGAGUGGAGGCGGACAGUGAGGUGCUGGUGCUGGUGGACUACCAGCUCAAGUCCCUUGCACGGACUGCUCUUGAGACGUUCAAUGACCUCACGGACGAUCCCCGGGAUGGAAUUUUGGUGGCUGGAGGAAAGAGCUGA